AGAUCUGUUCGUUACAUUCCAUUCCCAGGCCGUCACGACCUUCUGUUAUACGCGCGUUUGGCGGGAAAACCAGUAGUCAUGGCACCCACGACCUACGAAGGCGUUGUAUCUGUGGACGCGACGGGCCGAGUAAGACAGUGGGAGACUGGUGUGUCGAAUCUCGUACGUUCAUUGGAGAAGUGGAAGGGACUAAUUGGCGAAGACUAUCAUGGGCCCUUACAAGUAUGUUCCUGGAGAUUUUCAGUCGCCAUUUUAAACCUGAGAGGGCUCGAAACAAAGCUUUUUAAAUCUAAAUGCAAAGAAAAUUGUUUUUGUGUGGAGAUGGAAAGAUAUUAGUACUUUUAUAUCAACAGGGUAGAUAUCUUCGGCCAUGCUUAUAUUACUGGGGGCCUUUCUACAUUAAAGUAAUAGUAAUAUGACUAGCUAAACUGAUUUAAUGCUGGAGGCCGGAUUUUUGCGGCCAAUGACGUGUUUUCACACCAACAUUUAUACCUCACACUCUUUUCAACGAAUUUUGUACGCGUCGGGGUGGGAAGCAAGUGUAUGGCAGCGAUGAGAGCCGUCUCAACUUACCUGACUAUGGCCCGGAUUCGUAUCCGGGAAGCAAUGCCAUAUGUGGAUUGACUUUGUUUUUUGUGGGCCAACAAAUCACAUUUACAUUGUUUUUUCUUCUUUUUCCUGUCUCUAAGGUAAAUUACUCCAGGGAAAGCGGGGAAGACGUCACCAGUCCAAAGCAUGGCAAGGUAAGAUAUCUGUUAUGUAAGACGAGGAAGACUACAAGAACGAGAUUUUCUCAAUACUAAGUGGUGCGCGCUCGUAAACCAGCGUCAUUUUGGCGGGAAACGCAAAAGCCGUCGUCAUUCUGCUGGGUGUUAGCGAAAAUGCCGUAGUGACGAAAACAAGCUAUCUAUAGUGUCAGAAGAUUUAUCAUUUUGUGACCGGGAGAGGGGUUAAUCUCCUUCACUAAAAAUAACCAUGUAAACUUUUUUGGUGGUAAUACGCGCCAGAAAACUUUGUCUCAAAGCUCUUCCGCAUACUCGUUCUCGUCCUUGAAUCUUAAGGUCGCUAUUGUCUUUGCUAAAUCCCCCUGUUAUGUUUCAGGUGGACCCAAAUAACGCCCCACACGUCGGAGGGAACACUUGGGCCGGGGGUACCGGGGGCCGAGAUACCGCCGGGCUGGGAGGAAAAGGCGGACCGUAUCGUCUGGACGCGGGGCAUGAUGUACAUCAGUUAUCGGAUGAAGAAAAGGACGCGGUGCCUGAUGACGUCAAACGAGCCGCUCGCGAAAUGGGACGGCGUGCAUUUAAGCAGAGGUUAGAAACUACUUAUGGUUUAACACCACAUUUUGUAAUCCUUUAAUACUUGUAAAAUGUAUUCAGCAUAUAGUGAUGAGCUAGCUGGUAUGCUUUUAUACUGGUGUGCCUUUUAUGAAGCAUAGGAAUAGUCAGGAUCAAAUGUUGCGGAUAGGUGGAAAAACGUGAUUGAUACCCUUAUCCUCCCCAACUUCCUGGGUCACGCUUUACCAACUGAUUGGUACUGCAUGAAACCCUUAACCAUCGUCCCACAAGGAAUUAAGACCAUGCACCUGGCACCCAACUCGAUAGUGUGUUAAGAUCAAUUGCUUUGUAAAAGAACGUGUAAAAGUCUUUUUAACGUAAACGUGUGGACUUUUCUAACGCCGUCUCUGCAAGAGCAUAAAAUGCAGAAGUUUGUAUGCGUUUAAAAAACUUACUGGUGUGAUUAAGGGUGGAGUUCCGCUGUCGCGUAAUUUUCACGUGCGUAAAUAUAAAAUAUGAAAGGUGGCGCUUGAACGCAAGAGUUGAAGCUUGCUUAACUGGUGAAGAGUAAUUCCGCCCAAUCUUUUGUUUGACGUUAAUUAUAUCUGACGUUAGGUUGCGUGAAAUCCAGAUGAGCGAGUACGAUGCUGAAAUGUACGAGUCUUUCUCGUCACGUGUGCGGCGCCAGGUCCAGUCCCUACGCGUCAUACUUGACAGUUUACAAGCGCGGGGAAAGGAACGAGUGUGGCUUCGAAACCAGACCUCAGGAGAGCUAGAUGAUGGGAAGUUGAUUGAGGGAUUGACAGGAGAAAGAGCGAUUUACAAGAAACGAGGAGAAGAGGAUCCAGAGGUAUCGUAUUUUAGUCUUUUCGUCGACUAGGUUUAGGCUUAACUUGCUUCGUUGUUUUUUUUUGUGCUAUGAUAGAUCAUGUGAUAGUCCCAAGGGGACAGUUUCUUUCAAAACAGGUCACAUCUUGAUCGCACGUGUCUUAGGGCCUGUUUACAUGGAGUGGGGGACCCCGGUCUAGUGGGGUUGGUUUCUUUUGUUUUCACGCUCUGGGGGACACAAAACAAAAGAAACUUGCCCCACUAGACCGGGGUCCCCCACUCCAUCUAAACAGGGUCUUAAUUUCCAAGAAAAGAAGGAUCAAUUUCCUGAAAAUGUCAUGUGAUUGGCGUAUAAGGCGAAUAAUACCUAUAGCAUUAAAGUGUUGUAUACACGUUCUUUAUGCUGUGGCGGAUCCAGCGGAGGGGACCGGGGGGCCCGCCUUCCUUAUUUUUAGACCAAACUGAGGCCCGAAGGGCCGAAAAAAAAAAAGUGGGACCGCCCCCCACCCCUUAGGUCUGGAUCCCGCCACUGUUAUGGACUAUGUUACACUGUUGUUAUCUUUUAAAAAUGCUAAAACGUGUCUUCGCGUCAAUUGACUUCCAAAAAAGGUACUGUUUUGUUAUUUCAGACUAUAAUUAUUAGGUUUUGAAAUUAUUUUCUGUCGUCUGUUGCUCUGGGAUGGUAAGGAAGGACACGUAUUGAAAUUUGUAAAACGUUGGGCUAACUUUUUCAAGUUCUAGUGCUAUGGCUACAAAAAUAGUUUAGUAAGGUUUAAUCUCAAAAUCAUCGUAAAUUAAUGAAUGACAAUGUUGUUACAAGAAUUCUAAAAACUAGGAUCACAAGCAAUUCGUAUAAAAACAGGGACUGGGUUACAAUAAUGAUGAUAAUAUAGAAUAACAAACAAUUCCAAAACGAUUUCUAACAUAUAAAGAAAUAAAAUUGUCAUACAUGCAACUAUAUGAUCUAUGCGGGCUAACGAUUAUUUAAAGGUAAGAUUGUACUUGGAAAGAAACUACGAAGAAGUCUUUCAGUCCUGCAUUUGGGCAUCGUAAUAUAGUUGUCUGCAUUUCUCGUAUAAUGGUGAUGCACACAAACCCUCGUCUUAGGAAGAUGUUUAGAGAGUGGCCCUCCUUUUGAGAAUCACCAAAAAAGAAUUGUCGUGUUACUGCUCCCUGAUAAAAUUUGUUUGUCAUCUUCUUCAUUACUCUGCAGGAGCGUUUUUGUACGGGUAAAGGUGCUAAGUGAUGAAUUCAGCACAGAAAUAAACAGCAAUAUACCCCCAUAAUAUCCCCUUUAACUCCAGAUUUGUUUUAAAGUGCAGGUUCUUUUACACUUACGGUCUCAUGUUUGUUUUUCGUCCCCAAAUAUAUAACAAAUUGGAGCUGGUAUCAAACAGUAGGAGAGUCAGUAAUCUUUUAUGUCUCAUCAUAUGAAUGACAAUUUUCUAUUUUCAAGUUUAUGUUCGUUUUAUUUUAGCUUGGAACUCCUCAGCGUCUCCCUAAGCGCCUGCGAUUUGUGGUUGAUGUCAGCGGCAGCAUGUAUCGGUUUAACAGCUUAGAUGGCAGACUGGGGCGAAUGAUGGAGGCAGCUUGUCUUGUGAUGGAAGCAUUUCAUCAGUUUGACAACAAAAUUAAGGUGCCUAUGUGUUUUCCUUAUAUCAGCCAUCAGUAUUGUGUAUGCCUUUUUCGAUGUGUCAGCACUUUCGAAACGUUAAUACAUUUUAAUUAUCGUCCACGUCAUCACCAUAAUCAUCAUCAUCGUCAUCGUCAUCAUUAUCAUUAUUAUCAUCAUCGUCAACAUCAUCAUCAUCUUCAUGAAAAUAAUUAAAACACCAAAUUUCUUUACCUUUUUUGGUUUGCAUGUUUUAUUUAUAUGCAAAUUUUCCUACCAUAUGUCAUCUGUUGAUUCUUUUACUAGUUACUUACUCUACGUUUAAAUUUCUGUUUUUAUUCAACGGUUAAUUACUUCUGAAAUUGUAUGAUGUUGGAACAUACGAAACGUCAAGUUAAACNUUAAAGUGCAGGUUCUUUUACACUUACGGUCUCAUGUUUGUUUUUCGUCCCCAAAUAUAUAACAAAUUGGAGCUGGUAUCAAACAGUAGGAGAGUCAGUAAUCUUUUAUGUCUCAUCAUAUGAAUGACAAUUUUCUAUUUUCAAGUUUAUGUUCGUUUUAUUUUAGCUUGGAACUCCUCAGCGUCUCCCUAAGCGCCUGCGAUUUGUGGUUGAUGUCAGCGGCAGCAUGUAUCGGUUUAACAGCUUAGAUGGCAGACUGGGGCGAAUGAUGGAGGCAGCUUGUCUUGUGAUGGAAGCAUUUCAUCAGUUUGACAACAAAAUUAAGGUGCCUAUGUGUUUUCCUUAUAUCAGCCAUCAGUAUUGUGUAUGCCUUUUUCGAUGUGUCAGCACUUUCGAAACGUUAAUACAUUUUAAUUAUCGUCCACGUCAUCACCAUAAUCAUCAUCAUCGUCAUCGUCAUCAUUAUCAUUAUUAUCAUCAUCGUCAACAUCAUCAUCAUCUUCAUGAAAAUAAUUAAAACACCAAAUUUCUUUACCUUUUUUGGUUUGCAUGUUUUAUUUAUAUGCAAAUUUUCCUACCAUAUGUCAUCUGUUGAUUCUUUUACUAGUUACUUACUCUACGUUUAAAUUUCUGUUUUUAUUCAACGGUUAAUUACUUCUGAAAUUGUAUGAUGUUGGAACAUACGAAACGUCAAGUUAAACUUUUCUUUCCGCUUCAAAAAUGUGUUUAUAUUUCCUUGUGUUUAUCACCGCAGUUUGCUUUUUGUUUCUUUUUCCAAUAUUUCGCAAAAAAAUAAAAAGCUGUUGGUGAUACAGGAAGAGUAUGUGGUUUUUCAGUCUUUCUCCUUUUCUCAUUUGACGGUUAUCGGUCCAACUGAAAACCCUCCAAAUAUUCACUUUUACUCGAGAUUGUUUUUUCCUCUCAGUAUGAUAUCGUUGGCCACUCGGGUGAUUCUCCCGAAAUUCCGUUUGUCUCCCAUGAUGCACCUCCAAAGAACAACAAGGAGCGCCUUGACAUCAUGAAACAGAUGCACGCACAUGCGCAGUACUGCUGGAGUGGCGAUCUUACGUUGGAAGCGACGGAUUUAGCAAUUUCCCGGAUCACCGAGCAGGAAGCAGACGACUAUUUUGUCGUUGUGCUCAGCGAUGCAAAUCUGGAACGGUAUGGCAUACCCGCAGAGGCUUUUGGGAAGGCGCUGACGUCAGAUGCACGAGUAAAUGCCUUCGCCAUUUUCAUUGGCUCGCUUGGUAACCAGGCAGACAGGUAAGCAUUGUUGAAAGGACUUCUGAAGAAUCUUUAACAGUCGUUUUAACUAUUAAGUGUUCGUCACACAUUCAUUCAGUUAAAUUCUCACCUCUGUUUCAGGUUAGUAAAAAAGCUGCCUUCAGGGAGAGCGUUUGUCUGCAUGGACACUAAACAUCUUCCGCAAGUCCUACAACAGAUCUUUACUGCGGCCAUGCUCAAUUCAAGAUGACCAUCUAAACUAUUUAUUUUCAUAAGAAAGCGGAUUACAAAGCCUGAUGGCACUGAACCAAGUGGUCAUAACACAUGUAUUGUAUUACUGNUCAGGUUAGUAAAAAAGCUGCCUUCAGGGAGAGCGUUUGUCUGCAUGGACACUAAACAUCUUCCGCAAGUCCUACAACAGAUCUUUACUGCGGCCAUGCUCAAUUCAAGAUGA